UAGGCGUUGCACCUAGCAGGGGCUCCCCUCAGGCUAGAGAGAUGGUGGAAGGGCCAGGCUGUAAACUGAAUGGAGAGAAGAUUCGGGCGCGUGUGCUGCCGGGACAGGCAGUGAUUGGCUUGCGGGGAAGAGCUCUGCAGAGCCCUGUAGGCCCUGAGCAGUCCCCAGCAGCCUCCCUGGCUGGGGUCUCUUCCCAGGCCGCUACAAUGAAUGCUAAGGAUUUUGGCUGGACAUUCUUGAGCCUGUCUAAUGGAUAUGUUUACAGUGGCGUGGAAACCUUGGGGAAGGAGCUGUUUAUGUACUUUGGCCCAAGAGCUUUACGGAUUCAUUUUGGAAUGAAAGGCUCCAUUUUGAUUAACCCACACGAGUGUGAAAAUAGAGGUGGGGCUUCUCCAGCAUUUGAAGUGCAGCUCACCAAUGACUUGAUCUGUUUCUUUGACUCUUCAGUAGAACUCAGAAAUUCAAUGGAAAGCCAACAGAGAAUAAAAAUGAUGGAAGAACUGGAUGUGUGCUCACCGACGUUUAGUUUCUCAAGAGCAGAAAGUGAAGUUAAGAAGCAGAAAGAUCGGAUGCUAUGUGAUGUGUUACUGGAUCAGAGAGUGUUGCCUGGCAUAGGGAACAUCAUCAAGAAUGAAGCUCUCUUUGACAGUGGUCUCCAUCCAGCUGUUAAGGUGUGUCAGCUGUCAGACAAACAGACCCAUCACCUUGUGAAGAUGAUCCGUGAUUUCAGCAUUCUCUUCUACAGGUGCCAAAAAGAAGGAUCUGCCAUUUCUAAGCACUAUAAGGUUUAUAAGCGUCCUAACUGUGGUCAGUGUCACUGCAAAAUUACUGUGUGUCGCUUAGGGGAGAACAGCAGGAUGACAUAUUUCUGUCCUCAGUGUCAGAAAGAAAACCCUCAACAUGCUCAAAUAUGCAAACUGCCAACAAGAAAUGCUGCAAUCAGCUGGACUUCUAGGAGAGAGGAUUGCCUUCCAGACUCAGUGGCUAAGAAAUCUGAAGAGCAGUGGUCCUGUGUGGUUUGUACCCUCAUAAACCAACCCUCUGCUAAGGCCUGUGAUGCUUGCUUGACCGCAAGGCCUGUUGAUUCAGUGCUUAGGAGUGAAAAGAAUUUCACUGCCUCUAACAGCUUAGUGAAGUACCCUUGUAAUGAUUUUGAGAAGACACAUACAGAACUGAAGAUCAACAGGAAAACUGUAUUUGGAAGUAUGACCCUUGUCUUGACUGAUUUCAGCAAUAGAUCCAGUACUUUGGCCAGAAAGGAAAGCCCAAACCAGAUAAUAGGUGGGGAAUUUCAAAACUUUCCUCCUAAAGACCUGUGUUUCAGUGAUCCACAGCACCUCUCCAGAGAAGGAAUAAACUACAUAACUCAACAAUCCAACAAGGCAAACAUAUCACCUACAGUUUGUACCCAGUCUAAAUUAUUUAGUUCAGCACAUAAAAAAUUGAAAACAGCUCAUUCUUCGGCAACAGACCUUAGCAGUUACAACUCUGGACUUUCUAACAGUGAACCCCAAGCCAAGACAACACAUGAUACUCACUCUGUAAAUACUGGCGUUCCUCGGUGUAAGAAGCACAGCCGCCUUUGUGUUCUCCGAGUUGUGAGGAAAAAUGGAGAAAACAAGUGGAGGCAGUUUUAUGCCUGUCCUCUCCCCAGAGAAGCACGGUGUGGAUUUUUUGAAUGGGCCGACUUGUUCUUCCCAUUCUGCAGACAUGGCAAGCGCUCCAUUAUGAGAACCGUGCUGAAGAUUGGACCUAAUAAUGGGAAGAAAUUUUUUGUAUGUCCCUUUGAGAAAGAAAAGCAGUGUAAUUUCUUUCAGUGGGCAGAAAGUGGACCAGGAAUGGAACUUAUUCCAGGAUGCUAAUAUUUUCUCUUUUUAAACAAAUGUCAGGCAAACUCAACAAACUCACAAUGUUCAGUCCUCUUUAUUUAGUAGAAAGCUUGUAGAAUACCUGUGGUCCAUAUAAAUUAAGAGAGUGUAGUAUUUGAGAAGUAUUCUUUGUUUAAAUGUGUCACCUUCUCAUUUUCUUUUGUAAUAACGAACCCUGUUUCACCAGAGGGACAGGACA